CCAUGAACUCGGGACGCGAGCAACGGACACCCCGGACACCCUUCAGCAUCACAGACAUCCUAGGCCCGCGCAUGGUCCCCCGAGCACCCUCUGCGCCCCAGCUUCCUGAGUCGGGUCCUAGUCCCUCGUCGCCGCUGUGCGCACUGGAGGAGCUGACAAGUAAAACUUUCCGCGGACUUGACGGGCGCGCUCUGCAGCCCUCCGAAGGCCCGGCAGCCGCGGACGCGCUGGGCCCUGGCCCUGCCGGCCGCAAACGGCGGAAGUCCCGCACGGCGUUCACCGCGCAGCAGGUGUUGGAGCUGGAGCGGCGCUUCGUCUUCCAGAAGUAUUUGGCGCCAUCCGAGCGCGACGGGCUGGCUACGCGACUCGGACUGGCCAACGCACAGGUCGUCACUUGGUUCCAGAACCGGCGCGCCAAACUCAAGCGCGACGUGGAGGAGAUGCGCGCCGACGUCGCCUCGCUACGCGCGUUGUCCCCCGGAGUCCUGUGCAACCUGGCACUGCCCGACGGCGCUCCAGGCCUGAGCCUCUGCCCCGGCCUCGAUCCCAGCCCCGCUGGACCUGACUCCAGGGUCCACCUGUCAGACGAGGAGAUACAGGUGGAUGAUUGAAGACAAAGCCGCCGAAAACCCUGGGCUCCGGGUCCCGGACUCCUCUCUUCCCG